AUGGAUAUCAAUACUGACAAUAUGCUCAAGGUCGAGAAGUUGUUCUCAGUGUCCUCCACAUAUAACACUCUAAUUUUUAUUUCCAUCUUGGUUAUCCUCCUCCGUGUUCUCAGCUCCUCUGGCCCGCCGAAGAAUAUACCUCUCAUAAAUGGAGCGAAAUUCUAUGAGCUUACCGACCUUUUAGCCAGAUGGCGAUUCUCAGUAAAGGGACGAAAGCUUGUCAAAACUGAUCUUGCCAAAGCUAACAUCUUUGGUAUUAUAACGGAUACCGGCUACCAAGUUGUCCUCCAUCCUAAAUUUGCUCACGAAAUACGUGACAAUCCGAUUCUCAAUCCCCGAAAAGCGUUCGCGAACUUGAUGCACCUAGACAUACCUGGUUUCGAAGCGACAAAAGAAUUCGUUAGAGAGGAUGGCUUGUUCCAGAAUGCGGUGCGCACCAAGUUACUGAAGAUGUUAUUUCCUAGUGUCCUACGGAAACCGGUGGCGCAAAUAUUGCCUUCUUGCCGCCGGCUACGCAAAUAUUUACGUGACAGCACGAGGAUCGUGGAAUCCAUCAUUCACGAACGACAGAUAGCGAAGACAAAGGCUCUCAGACAGGGAAAGAUACCGAGAAAAUACUUCGACGCGAUCGAAUGUUUCGAGGAGGCCAUGUGCGGGGAGGUCUAUAAUCCUGUUCACACCCAAUUGACGCUCAGUUUCGUUGCGAUCCAUACGACUUCUGACAUGCUGAUACAAGUGCUUUAUGACCUGGCCGAACGUGAAGAGUUGAUACACGCUCUGAGAGAAGAAAUAAAGGCUGUUCUUCCGCAGGGGUGGAAUAAAUUCACGGUGACUCACCUAAAAUUGAUGGACAGUGUUUUGAAGGAAAGUCAGAGGCUGAAACCCCUUGGUUUUGUUUCAAUGCGCCGUGUUGCAGAAGAGCCCCUCCUUCUAUCCGACGGCACCGUGAUCCCUGAGGGAUCCAGCAUACUGGUAUCCUCCGAAAGACAAUGGGACGAGGCUUACUAUCCAGACCCCAAAACAUUUGACCCAUAUCGGUUUCUCAAACUACGCGAAUCACCUGGCCACAAAGCAUCAGCGCAGCUCGAAACAACUUCCCCAGACAACUUAUCCUAG